AUGGCGGCCUCCUGUGGGUUGUGUUUUGCAGUACUGGGAUUAGCUUGCUGUAUAUGUCUUGCACUGAGCACCUGCCCUCCGGGACAGUUCGGAGACUCCUGUAGCUAUUCCUGUCACUGUGAAGGAGGGGCCGUGUGUAACUCCACCACAGGAGAAUGUCCUGGGGCCUGUGCACUACAGUGGAGGGAUGGGAGGAACGGCACUUGUCAAAGAGAGAACGUGGCAAACGGAAAAAGAGCAUUCAGUACAUCUGGAACACUGCUGUUCAGAUCCUACAACAACUGGACUCCAGACAAGGCUGUGGACGGGAACAGGAUCCAGGACAUUUUCGCAAACUCCUGCUUCCACUCUGCCAACUACUCGAGUAUGUGGAGGGUGGAUCUGGGACGGCAGUACAGGAUACGUCAUGUUACAGUCUACCACAGGAAUAGCAAUCUACCCAGGAUCGCUAACUGCACCGUUCACCUGAGUAAUGACAACUCUGACGGAACACUGUGCUACACCUUCCCCGCCACUGUCAACAACUCAGUGAUCGACCUGGUGUGUGACGGCAGGGGCAGAUACCUCACCAUCAGGAACCCGGGGAGAGCGGCUAACCAAGAUGACACGCUCAACAUCUGUGAAGUGGAAAUAUACGAGUGCAGUCGUGGGACAUACGGCAAAUACUGUGACCAGUUCUGCCACUGUUACAACAGCUCUUGUGAACCAGACACCGGCAUUUGUCCUGGAGACUGUAGACCAGGGUGGCAGGGAGACAGGUGUGAUACAGAAUGUAACAAAGGAGCAUAUGGAGAGAAGUGCAAUAAUACAUGUCAAAACUACAACUGUCUCGAAAAUUCCCCGUGUCAUCACGUGACCGGCAAGUGUGAGGGCGGAUGUAAGUCCGGGUGGAUGGGUGAAGACUGCAGCAGAGAAUGCAACAAUGGAACGUAUGGAGAAACGUGCACCAACAUUUGUGGUAACUGUCACGGAUAUACCGCAUGUCAUCACGUGACUGGGAAAUGUCAGUUCGGAUGCGGGGCCGGAUGGAUGGGGAGCGAUUGCAGAGAAGAGUGUGGCAGGGAUCACUAUGGACCAGGUUGCAAGAAGGCAUGUUCCGAGCGGAGGUGCAAUGGUAUCUCGUCAUGUAACCGCAACAAUGGGUCAUGUGAUACUGGAUGCUUAACAGGCUGGGUAGGAGAUGAUUGUGGCAGAGAACGGAGUACUGUCACCUUGCCAUCGUCGACCACAGCAGCCUCUGCAACUGCUGGGAUAGUUCUGCUGUUCCUCAUCAUCACUGUCUUGCUGGUAAGAAAAUGGAGGAAACGAUCACCACCAGCGUCGGCUAAACAUGUUGGCGAAAGACAACACUGUAAGUCAAGAUCGGGAAAUCGAGAUACGAACCAAGUGAGAGACAAAGCAGAAAGGGAAGUAGAUGCGGAUUGUGGUGACAUUAAACCGUCACUGCAACACGACAUGAUGGCGGUAGAGGAGAACCAUGACCCGCCUGUCAUUGAACCAGAUGCUGAUGUUGAUCUCCAGGACAGGGUCUACUGUAACGUGGGGGAGGUGGAGGUGGGUAGAGCUGUACCAGUAUCGGAGUUUGAGGCCACAGUUCGCCGAAUGGUGGAACGACCGGAGAAGGCCGAGGAGGAGUUUCAGAGGCUGCCAGCCGGUUUUAUACACCCCCACCAAGAAUCUCAGCUGCCGGAAAACAAAGGGAAGAACAGAUUUAGAGGCUACUACCCGUACGACUACAACCGUGUGGUGCUGCAUGACGACAACAGCGGCGGUGGAGGAGACUACAUCAACGCCAGCUAUGUGGACGGAUACAACACCGAAAAUCGCUACAUAGCAGCACAAGGGCCCUACAGACUUGAGAUUGUGGAUAACUUCUGGGGGAUGAUCUGGCAGGAAGAAUGCCGAAUCGUUGUCAUGGUGACUGGUCUCAACGAGACAGGCAAGAUGAAGUGCCUUCGUUAUUGGCCGGAGAAAGGUACAGAGACGUACGGGGACAUAUCUGUAACCAUGGAUACACAGACACGUUUUGCAAACUAUACGGUCACUAAACUCUCCGCAAAACACAAACAGGCUGCCAAGAAGCUGUGUCUCGUGCACCUCCACUUCACCAGCUGGCCGGAUCAUGGCGUCCCAGACACUUCCGCUCUACUGGAGUUUAUCAAGAAGGUGAAGGUCACAUCCGGGGAACAGACACAGCCAAUCAUUGUCCACUGCAGUGCCGGUAUAGGCCGUACUGGGACAUACAUCGCUAUCGAGGGUCUCAUGGAGCAGGCCAAGACAGAGGGCGUGGUUGACGUUGUCAGCGUCGUCUCUAACAUGAGGGGACAGAGGAAGAACAUGAUCCAGACAAAGGAACAGUAUCUGUUCGUCUACAAAGCGGUGGCGAUGUCGUUGUCGCAGGGGAACACGUCUCUGAAUUCCGACUUCAUCAAACGGUUGAACCUAGAUCACUUGGCCGAUGUAACUAUGGGAAACAAAACCGUACAAAAGCAUCUUGAGGCUUGGCAAAAUCGCUCUGCAAUGGACAAUGGAAGGAACAUCAUCACCUUACCUUCUUAUACAUCGAAUACUGGUUUCUACAUCAUGAGUUCAUGUCCCAACAAAGAAGAUAUUUGGAACGCGGUGUAUAACACUGAUUCUCGCACACUCAUCACGUGGGGUCAAGAGAAGCAGGCCCAGCUCCCAUCACCUGUCAACAGCGUUAAAACACCAAGGUGCACAGCCAGCAUGCGCAGUGAGGCCAUUUUAUCAGAUGGUUUAUCUGUCACCAUUAUUGAUCUGGGAACAAAGGAUGAUGCCACCACCACCACCACCACGAUCCACAACUACCACCUGACUGGAAGUGUACGUGAUCCAGGUGUCGCUGAGCUGAUAGACAACUUGCUCACAUGGACACAUGAUCCAGAACGAGGCUCCAGUGUGAUUGUGUCCAAGACUGCUACAGAAUCCCUGCUCCUGGUGCUGCUUGUGAACAUCGCCAGUAGACUGAAGGACGACGGAACUGUUGACGUCAUCACUGAUAUUGGGAGGCUGUAUGCUCGUCAUGGAGUCGCACCCUUUACAAUGGAUGACGUCCGUUUCUGUCUGGAGUUUUCUCGACAGUUCCUGGAGAUUCUCGGAACGUACUGACGAAUGGACCCGCUGGAUAUAUUCAGUCUAUUUCUUUAAUUCCUUAAUUACCUGAUACAGCUUCUAGAAUUGAAUUUGUUUAUUUUGUACAGUACAUAGAGUAAUCGGGCAGAUGUUCCUGUACUUGUUAGUAUGACUAGUACCCCACUUCCUGUCUCGUUGUCAUGGUUUCCUGUGUACAACCCGUAUGAGUUUUAACCGAAGGGUAGGAUGAUGGUGAGUAGGUUUCAUGCAACUAUUUUACCAGUUAACAUUAAUAAGGUCAAUGAUUUUAUACUGGUCCAGAAGGUCAGGAGUAUGCGUAAACAUACCAAGUUUGACAGGAUGCAUCUGCAGCCUGAGUGUGAGGAAAAAGGAUUUGGAAAAUAUUUUAAUUACCUUUUAUGUCCGUUUCAGUUACUUUUGUCAGCUUAAGCUUCACGUCUAACAGACAAUUAAUGACAUGUUCACCGCACGCUGCGCAUUACUUAAUUCUGUCACCACAAUGUGGGGUCGCCUGGUUGACUCAAUGACAUAUGCUAGGAUAUCAUGCAUGUUAAGGAAUAAGUUUUCGUGUAAUGUCCCGUUGACAUUCAUAGAUUGAAUGCUCAAGCAUUUCUAUAUGUGAAAGGAGGAUUUCAAAUACAGGAUCAAAAAUAAUUUGUGUAGAUGAUUGUGAUUAGCGUCUACACACUGAGGGCUCUUCAUCUUGUGACAAGUACCGACCAGUAUCCCCCUUUAUUUAGUACAGUCCUGGCAUCCCCCUUUAUUUAGUACAGUCCAGGUGUCCCCCUGUCUUAUACAUCUAAGCCCUGCAUUACUUCGCUUUUGGCAGUCAGUGAAAUAAGUAAAAUAUUGUUCGAAGAGGCAUUAAACAAAAUUCGACCACUGUGAAUAUAGAUGGAGAAAAUGUUUCUACAUAAUAAAGAUUGGAAAAAUGCCUUCUUUUCCUGACAAUAUAAUUCAGUUCUUCAGGUGGUUGGGAGUAUCUUGCCGUGUUGCAGCUUGGUAUCUGUAUGUAUUAUUUAUCCGCGUCUGAUUAAGUAACAGCAGAUGCAUAUGUUUUAAUUCAAAGGUUGUAUAUUUAUCGUAUAUGUUGUCUUGCAAGUGUAUUAACUGCCCGAGACCAAAACAGCUCGUCUUGAACUGUUGGGCAACCAGGUAUUUCCAAACCUGAUUUAUAACGUGCUUGAUUUAGUAACAGCAUAUGUAUAUGAUUAACAUAUCACGAAUGCAUAUGUAUCUUUAAGACUGCAAUACAAGAUAACUUUUAUUCAUCAAGCCUAAAUGUAGGCUACAUGUUUAUUUGUCGCCGACUCAUUUGAAUAUAUUGCAUGAACGAGAGUGUAUAUUGCAUAUUCGCCAUUUCAAUCUUGCACAUUAAUGCCCUACUGUUUAGCAGGAAUACAGAGCAGGUACUGUUACCGAUAUCAGAUAAUCUACUAACGUAUACUUUACUUUUCUCAUGACAUACUUGUAGUCUCAAGACAGGCUUUGGAAAAUUUGAAUUAACAACGUUUUGAACCUCUAAUUUGGAAACUCAAUAGGUGUAUAUCAUGAAUCACUCCACUAUGAUUAUUCCAUAUUUCAUGACAUGUAUUCACACAAAGCUGUCAGAAGAGAUGUGCUAUCUCUUCUGUAUUUCUCAACACUGAUCCACCAUACUCAUGCUGAUACAAAGUGCCUGACCUGUCCCUUCCACCUCUUGAAUGAUGUCCUCUGAUUUGAAGGCUCUCUUAUCAAUAAGCCUUAUCAGGAAGCCCUGCAGAGUAAUGCAGUUCACUACGACCUAAAAUUAUAUUCAUUCACCCACUCUGUAUACUACCAAUGCAUGAAUAUUUUACUCUACCUUGGAUACCACAAGGUUCAUGUAAGGGGACAACUCACAACAUUUACAAUGACAUGUCUGAUUUGAAGGAGGAAAUCACUCUAACAAAGUUAUCGCCACGCCUGAGGAAAAGAGACUAAAUAUUGAAUUAAUGCUGUCAGUUUUAUAUUGGUGUAUUUUAAUU